AUGUCUAACAAAUCCCGUAAGUUUACUGGUGUAGCAUUUCUAGAUAUCGAGAAGGCUUUUGACAGGGUUCGCCCGGAGAUCCUAUUAACCCUGCUCGCUAAAUUCGGUCUCCCUCUUAAGAUUCUGAAAUUCAUCAAGGCCUUGACUUCCGGUAGGCACCUCAUAGGUUUCGCCGCGGGUAUCAACCUGCAGAAUCGUGAUACCACUAUUGGUCUUCCUCAGGGCUCCAUUCUCAGCCCCAUAUUAUUCAACUUGUAUAUCGCCUUCUCGCAUUCUGUUCUACCUGACUCCGUAAAGAUAUUGUAUUACGCAGACGACAUCGCAAUUUACUGCACUGACGGUCAACUAGAGUUUAUCAAGGAUCAGAUGAACAAUGCUUUGGAUGGCUUGUUUCGGGUAGGCAAUGGGAAUAUUCGGUUCUCCUCGACGUCACGUUUCUUGAGUGUCGUCUUGGACUCCGAGCUCAAUUGGAAAGCACAUGUCAAUCAUCUGAGGAAUCGCAUAAUGCCCAGAGUGAAUAUUCUCAAGGCUAUGGCGGGCAUUAGAUGGGGUGCCCACCACUCGAAUCUUCUCAAUGUUUAUAAGGGCUUCAUUAGACCGCUUUUGGACUGGGGAUGUCAAUCCUUCAAUCCACUAAAUGAACAAUUCUAUUUGAGAGUUAGUCGCCUACAAUACGCGUCCCUAAGAAUUGUGUCGGGUAUGAUGAUUACCACUCCUACCAACGUUCUGUUGGAUAUCAACGGCGAGUUUCCGCUGGACUCGCGCUGGUUUUGCCUCACCUCCAGAUUUUUGGCCAAAACUAUGGUGCGGUACUCGCAUCCGCUAAGACAACUAAUAAUUGAUCUCCGUGACCAACAGGACAUCGAGAAAAGUAUUAUAACAUCUAUCGACUCUUUUCACUUGCCUGGUUACCUCGACUUCCCGUACGAGUGCAGACAUUACGAUCUUUCAAUCAAUACGGAUUUGGGUCGCCAAGUCGCGGCAGAUCCUGAUCCCGUUUCCUCCUUUGAACGUCUCACAUCCUCCUUUGAGUUUGAUGACACAUUUUAUACUGACGGAUCUCGUACCGAGUCGGAUGGUAGAGUUGGCUACGCUGCGUUCUCUCUGGAGCUCGACUUGGAGUAUAAGAAUAGAAUUAACAAUAACUGUACUGAGGCCGAAGCAUUGGCCAUACAAUAUGCGGUUGAUACUGUUCUGAACAAGAAAAUAAGGAAAGCGGUAAUCUUUUCCGAUUCCUUGAGUGUAUUGUCUAAUCUCGAGAAUCCGGUGUCGACAGGCAUAUUGCACUGUGGAAUUCUAAAAAUCAAAAGAUCUUUGUUUGAAUGCUUCAAGCAAGCGUUUGAAGUCCAUAUCUUCUGGAUACCCAGUCACAGGGGCAUCCCCGGUAAUGAGAGGGCGGACGUCCUUGCCAAGGAAUCUUUACGUCUUCCCGACACCUUCCUCCUUAGUAAAUGUCACUAUACCAACCUCUAUUCCAAGUUCAAAGCUUUGUCAAAAAGUAGAGCUUCGCAAACUAUCCUUUCUGAAAGUCAUUACAAAGGGGCAAGAUAUUUCAACCACGUGCGUGACGUUCUCGCACCUCCGUGGUACUCCAAUAAAAAAAUAUUAAGGAGGAUCUUCCGAGACCAAUUAUUACCUUUAUCUCAAGACUGA